AUGCCCACAUUCCCGUUCUCCUGUGCUCCCAUGCCCCCCAUCCUCCUAUUCUCCCAUCCUCCUAUUCUCCCAUCCUCCUAUUCUCCCAUCCUCCUAUUCUCCCAUCCUCCUAUUCUCCCAUCCUCCUAUUCUCCCAUUCUCCUAUUCUCCCAUUCUCCUAUUCUCCUAUUCUCCCAUUCUCUCUUACUCCCAUUCUCCCAUUAUCCCAUUCUCCCAUUCUCUCUUACUCCCAUUCUCCUAUGGAAGAGGGUGACGCGGUUCAAGGAGCUGACCCCCCUCUGGAUUAAGACAUCAGAACAGAAGCCGCAUAAGCACUACUGCGCUCCACUUUUCCGCUCUCCCCACUUCCCCGCAGAAGUAUCCCCCUUCCCCUUUUUUCCAGACAAUUUUCCCCAUCCAUAUUCCUUUCCGUUCGCAUCCUUCGUUCCUCCACCCUUUCUGCACGAUUCUUCUAUACCCAACAACAUCACCCGCCAUCCCGUUCAUUCAGCCGUGCCCUUCAUCCCAUCACAUCAUGCCCCUUCGCAUGUAAUUCUCUGCGCAAACCAUGUUCCCUCUCCAUCCUCCUGUGUCCCCCUCCUCUGCCCGCAAUCACAUCCCAUCUGCUCCCAACCAUCCCAGCCGAGCAGCACCGUAGCCAUCGUACCCUCAGGCGAUCACCUCUCAUCCCUCCCUCCCACAUGCAGGGAUGGAAAGGAAGUCUUGGUGGUGGUGGAAGAGGGACCCCGCAUGCACUCCCACAACCCCGCAGAGGGACCCCGCAUGCACUCCCACAACCCCGCAGAGGGACCCCGCAUGCACUCCCACAACCCCGCAGAGGGACCCCGCAUGCACUCCCACAACCCCGCAGAGGGACCCCGCAUGCACUCCCACAACCCCGCAGAGGGACCCCACACACACUCCUGCAUGGUGGCGUUGAGGUAG